GGUGCGAACCAUCAGCCAGACAGGAAGUGACGAGAUGAACACCGAGUGAUCUUGUGAACGGCCGCGCGCGAAUGUGUGAUCGAAAGAACAGAAACGUGGACGUCAUGAGAGGUGUCAGAAGAUUUCGGGGAAACCAGCUUACCCCGUCCGCGACCGUUUUUCUCAUCCUCGCCGUGUUUGUGAGCGGUGUUCGCGGACUUACCAAUGUAUCUAUCGAUAUUCCAUUGGCCGUAGCAGCUGGCUCGACCGUCAAUAUGACCUGCAGAUACGAUCUACAAUCAGAGCCUUUAUACACAGUGAAAUGGUACAAGGGUCCUGAAUUUUUUCGAUACAUACCGAAAGAGAUGCCAUCGUUCGCUGUUUUUGGAGAACUGGGUGCCAAAGUCAUCAAAGAACGAAGCAAUGAUCACGAAGUGGUUCUGGAAGAUGUUCAACCGACUCAUAGUGGCAAAUACCGUUGCGAAGUAUCUGGCGAUUCCCCUUCGUUUAGUACCUUAACAGACUCUGGUUACAUGUACGUUGCCGAUCUACCGAACGGAGAUCCCCAAGUAAGAGUGGAGAAGGAACGAUACGCUGUCGGGGACACCGUACGUGGAAACUGCACUGUUCCUUCAGGAAAUCCACCAGCGAAUGUGACGUGGACUGUCAAUGGAGUGCCGGUGAAUUCUAGUUUCAUGAUGAACAAGAUCGAUGACAAUCAGCAACUAAUGACUAUCGCAGGACUAGAUUUUGAGAUUAUACCGGAUAGUUUCAGCAAUGGGAGACUGCACAUUGUUUGCCACGCUAAUGUCUUUCACUUAUAUAAUAAACAAGCUGCUAUUGUUUUGAACGAGGAACGUCCACGUUUGGCAUCUGUGUUGGGAACUCGAGAGUCUUCUUAUGUUGGUGGUGCAGCGAAACACAUCGGCGGAUGGUUCUUGUUGAAUAUCGCAGUGAUGCUGAUGCUAUGCAAUAUAAGAUAACAUCAAUGAACCCGAGUAUAUGCAUGUGACUGUAUCGAAACGGAGAGAGGAAAUUGUUUGUAAAAUUUUGAAAUUAUUAAGUGCGACGAGGAACGGGGCAAAAAAAGAUCUUUCGUUAACAUAAUAAAUAUCGAUCGUAUGUUAUUCGUGUAAAUAGGAUAAAAAUUUAGCGAAUUAUUUAAGUGUAAUUACGACCCGCGCUGUCUCGUUGCAGCGAGACGAAUUUAUAACCCGAAGAACAUACUGCCGUAACAUUAUGUAUUAGAACGACGAUGUAUCACGCCACAGUAUUCGGAUAAUUGUUUGGAUACUAUUACAUCGUGUUUUCUAUUCUCCGACAAUGAUUUUGAUACCUCUUCUGUAACACCGUAGCCACCGGAAUGUAACUCAUCAUCAUGUUUCUAGGUGAAAGCUGUUAUUGUUUGUGAAUGAAGUUUUAUUUAAAUGAAAAACAAAUAAAUGAUUCACCUUUGUUAUUUAAUCUAUUCUUUCCCUGAAAAUUUAUGAUCAUCCUACUUAUUCCUAAAAAGUAAAUCCUUAAUCAAGCACCAUGAGACGAUUCACCAUAGUGACAAAUAAAAGUAUUCUUUAUUAUUCUUACAAUUGUUGCAGAAGAUAAAAUUCUUUAGUAUUAGGUGAGUGCAAUAGUUCUGUAGGUUUUCGAGGUACUUUUUUUAUUUUACAAAAUGAUACUCCAAUAUAUCUGCAAAAUUUAAAAUUCAACAUUCUCAAAAGUUCAUAAAUAAAAAUUUUAAUGAUUUAAUUUAGUUAACGAGAGAUGUCUUCAUUAUAAUAAUGUUGAAACUCAUACUACAUUAUUCCGUGUAAUCUAACAAUAUGUCUGGGAAAUGCUAUAUAAUUUUAACAUUUUUCUAACAUUCUAAUAGAUUUCCAUUCGUUUAUGUCACCAUAAACCAUUUUAAAUAGUUGAACAUUUAUAAAUAAGUUAAUAAACAAUUUAAAUUAGCUACCGAUUACUAUGUACACUUUAAGUAUCAUGAACUUCAUUUAAAUAACUAUUACAUAUAUAUAAAAUAAAUAAAAAUACUAAAGAAAGGUAUUAUGCCUUAAGUUUUUAUUACCUAAAACCAACAGAUCUUUUGCCCUGACCUAAUUUAUCAAAACUUACACCUUAUGCAAAAUCUGUACAUAACAAUAGAAUUGAAAAUUAAGUAAAUAAUUUGGUAUCCCUUAUGACUAUCAAAUUUAAUUAAUCUCAUGUUAAAAUA